CUGGGUAAAAGGCUGGCAUUUUUUCCAUAAAUUAUUUUUUUAUAUAGCAUUUUUUUUUUCUCUCAUUAACGCUGCAAUAUUCUUACAAAAUGCGCUCAAGCAUGAACUCGGUGCAAUGGGGAGAAAAUGAAGGUAGCUUCGAAGAUCAUAUUCCUAUUUAAGGACGCAGACGGCGUCGGCGCUGCCAUCUCCGAUGCUCUGCAUCCAAACCCCAGCUCUACUCUUCAAAGAUUAGAGGAAUCUUUUGAGCUGUCACUGGAGCGGUAUGGGGUUAAAGAUCUCAAAGCAUCUGGCAGCAUCAUUCAUUUUGUUGACGAUGGGGGCGCUUAUCAGGUAUCCUUGUUGCUGCUGCAAAUUUAUAAGCCACCCAUUUUGGUGUGUGUUCUUAAUGAGGUUCUGGCAUUAUUGAUUGGAGAAGAGCCAUCAAGCAUGCCUACAAUUGUAGUCCCAUGUCUUUUUUCCGCAUCAAAGCUUACGUGGAAGACUAGAAACUCAACAUUAAAUGUCAGUAAAGCUUCACUUUAUGGAAUCCAGGUAGGUGCCAAUACAGACAUCACAGAGUCCAUGAUUACCAAAACCCAGAUCCCACCAUCAUCGUUGCAGAUCUAUGAUGAACCAAUAGCGUGCUUUCUUCAAUUAGUCCGUGUCUUGAAGGUGCCUGCUUUUAUUCUGAUUGGACAAAGAGGUCAACAUCUAUCUGGUAAAGCUUUAGGAGAAGAGCUUGAGAUACUUUAUGAGAUUGGAGAACUGCUUGCAAGCACCUUUGACUUGCGCUUUUUGAGAGAAAGAGUCAUGUGCAAUCCGAGGGACAAAUCAAGGGAUGUUGAGGAGCCAUGGCGUGCAUUAUAUGGAUGAUUCUCAGGUGAUUCUGAGCACUUGCCUGAUAGUUAUUCUACAAUAUGAUGCAUCAUGUUUGGAUAGAUAGAGGCUUAUGCGUGUCAGGUUUUUUUUUUUUUUUUUAUAUAUCAAGAUUUUCUGGAGGUAAAUAUUCCAAGCAAUAGUUGAAAGAUUAUGAGGGAGGGAUGCUUUAAGUCAUGUUAGGUUUUCAUCAGUGGAUCCUUUGUAGACACUUCAUCAAACCUUGGCACUGUCAAUCCAAGAGGAUCAUCCUUACGAAAUAGGAUGGAAAAUGGCUUCCUUCUAUUUGCCUUUUUCUUUAUAAAACUGGCAGCACAAGGCAAUUGCUCUCUCUCUCUCUCUCUCUCUCUCUCAGUGAUUGGUGAUGUCUUGAUUCACUUUAGAUUGUUUAUUGACUUGGAUUAUAUGUUGUAUUUUUCUUGAAACUCUGGUUAUUUAAUUGAACAAUGGCCUCAUCUGAUCUGAA